UCACAUUUUUCUCUCUUACUUUUCCUCUCUUGUUACCAUUCUUUUAAGCCUUCCUCACUCACACUUCUCUCUCAUUUCAAACCCCCUCUUUCCUCUUCCUCAUACAUUGUACUUCGUUGUCAUGGAGAAAAGGUAGUUUGUUCGGAGCUUCCUUUGUUGUCACCUCUAGUUCAGUUCAGCUGAGGAAACUUUCACUUCACAGGAAAAUUAUAAAAAAAAAUGGUUGGAAACUUCAUCGACGACAUUGACUGCAGCAGCUUCUUCGACCACAUCGACGACCUCCUCGAUUUCCCCGUCGAAGACGCCGCCACAGCCGACAACUCCGCCGCUGCACCGGUCUGCCCUCCGGCGAGCUUCUGGUCCGCCGAGUCCGACUCGCUGCCCGCCGCAGACACUGUGUUUUCCGGCAGCGCCGUGCCAGACCUCUCGGCAGAGCUCUCCGUUCCGUAUGAAGACAUUGUGCAAUUGGAAUGGUUGUCCAAUUUUGUUGAGGACUCUUUCUCAUGUGGAAGCCUCACCAUGAAGAAAGAGGAGCCACAAUGCAGCACAAAGGAUGACACAGCUCACACCCAGUUCCAGACAGCAAGCCCGGUCUCAGUCCUGGAAGCCACCACUUUCUCCUCCGGCGAGAAGGCCGCCGCGCCUCGCAGCCCGGAGCUCUACAUCCCGGUGCCAUGUGGCCGUGCCCGCAGCAAGCGUCCACGCCCUGCAGCCUUCAACCCCCAUCCAGUGAUGCAGCUCAUAUCCCCUGCAUCCUCCACCGGCGAAAGCACGCAGCACAAGGCCUCUCCCUCGUCAGAGUCCGAGAACUUCGCCGAGUCGGCGAUCAAGCCGGCGAAGCAGGCCUCCGGGGAGCACAAGAAGAAAAAGAAGAUCAAAGUAGCACAAUGCAGCAUCACAAAGCAGUGGCAAGAGCAGAAUAAUGCAGCAACAGCAACAGCAACAGCAGCAGUUAGGAAAUGUCUGCACUGUGAAAUAACCAAGACGCCUCAGUGGAGGGCAGGGCCAAUGGGGCCGAAAACACUCUGCAAUGCUUGUGGCGUGCGCUACAAGUCAGGCCGGCUGUUCCCCGAAUACCGUCCGGCAGCCAGUCCGACGUUCUGCGCCGCCGUGCACUCCAACUCCCAUAAGAAGGUUCUUGAAAUGAGAAACAAGACAGGCACCCAAUCUGGCUUUGCAAAUGACUCAGUUGCCUCACCAGAACUUAUUCCAAACACUGACGCCAGCCUUUCACUGGAAUACAUGUGAGAGGGGAAGUGAAGUGAAUGAUCCUAGUUGGAGAUUUCUCUAACUCUAUUUCAUAAUUUCAUUUCAGUCCCUCAUGUCUUAUACAAGGUUUUCAAUUGCAUUCUGCAACUGCAAUAUUAAGGUUUUGGAGAUCUAUGCAAGUUAAAACCUUAGUCAUGUGUUAUUUCUUAAUUUUCAUUUCUGUUUUUUUUCAUUGGGUUUUGUACAGGGAUGGAAUGGGGGGAUAGGAGCAUUAGGGUAUGAUCAUAUUGUAGCCAUAUUUAGAAGAGGAUUGUAGUGAGAACUGAAGAACAUUGGAUAGAGAUAUGCAAGUCGAAGAGAGUAGAGUCACUAGAGUGUUAGCCAUUUAGCAUUUAGGUCUAGUAAUUGCAGCAGUACUAAGGAGGCUUCAAUGUGCCGGUUGUUGCUUCUCUUAUUUUCAUCAUUUUUCAUAUUUUUUCUUCUAAAUAUCCCUCUGUACCAAUUCUUUUUGCAGUUCAUUUGUAGCAAAACUUGAGUCGAAUCAGGAAAGGAACUUUCGGGAAUUUCGGUUUUUUCCUUUUAA